AUGGGUAGACGUCGUCAUCAUUCUAAAGGUGGCAACAAACAGCAAGGUGUGCAAGACACUUCAACGGAUCAGAACCAGUCGUUGAACAAGUCAUCUACACUAGAAUCGAACAAUGUGUCUAAUGGCAAUGAAAAAUCAGCAUUCGAAGUGCUGAAAGCGGCAAAAUUGCAACAGAAUGAAUCAAUCAUGAAUGGUAAAGGUCCAAUAUCAACGAGUACGCCGUUGGCUUCCGAUGUGUGUUUUAUUUUAUUGCCUACGUUCCAGUUCCGUAGGAAACAACGUGCUAAUGAUGGCAGUGGUGCCGCUCGUGUUCCGAUUGGUACUAAACCACAGCCCCAAAAAUCAGUCACUGAAAAGAAGGAGAAAUCGGAUGUGAGUAGUCGUAAUCUCUCGGAAUUUUAA